AUGCACCAACCGCCAGCCGGCACUGCCCAAAAAGUGCCGCAGAUCAGCGUGAACGGAAUCCAACAGCAAGUGGCGGACAACUUCACUUAUCUGGACAGCACCCUCUCCCGCAGCAAUAAAGUCGACGGCGAAGUUGCCCGCCGCAUUUCCAAAGACAGCCAAGCCUUCGGCCGUCUACAGAAUGCCAUCUGGAACCGCCACGGCCUCCAUCUAAACACGAAGCUGAAGAUGUACAAAGCAGUCAUCCUGCCGACGCUGCUGCAUGGAACAGAGACCUGGGCGGUAUACAAAAAGCGGGCACGGAGAAUCAAUCGCCUCCACCUCAGUUGUCUUCGACGGAUACUGAAACUGAGGUGGCAGGACCGAAUCCCCGGUAAUGGCGUAUUGGAACGGACCGGAUUUCUUAGCAUCUACAACGUGCUGAGACAAUUGCAACUGUGUUGGAGCGGCCACCUCGUGCGGAUGGACGACGGGCGGCUACCCGAACGACUUUUCUACGGAGACGACGCCACGGGUUCCCGCUUCCCAUAAGGCCAAAUCCGUCGAUACAAGGGCACUCUGAUGACCUCUCUGAAGCGUCUGCAGAUCAACCCGGCCAACUGGGAAGACAUCGCUCAAGACCGACCGAUCUGGCAGAGGGCAGUCUAGACAGGCGGAGCGAUCUACGAGGCAAACCGCAUCGUCGCCGCAAAAGCCAAACGGAAGGUACGCAAAUCUCAGCUGCGCCCACCUAGCAACCCCAACAUUCAACCGCCCCCAACGUGUCCACGAUGUAAGCGGACAUUCCGGGCACAAAUUGGACUCGUUAGACACCUUUGGAUCGACUGCACUACUCGGAAUGCACUAACCGUUGUCUCUCCGUCCACCUCUCACUCGCCUUCUAUACCGUCAGUUAACACUGACCGCCCUCCCGAACCACCACUGCUAUUCUCCUCCUCCUCCUCUUGCUCCUACUCCUACUCAUACUCCUCCUCCCCAUUAUCCUGCCGCACUGCCUCAACGUCUGCCGUUGUGGCGUCUGUCACGCACACCAACAUAACACACCAUCCUGACACACCAACAAACAUCAACCCCACUACCGCCAACACCAGUGGUGAGGACCUGGUCUACACAUUUCCUCAUUGCGACCGCAACUUCACCUCAAGCAUCGGCUUGGUCGGUCACUUGCGAAUCCAUCGCUCAAAGACUGGCGAACCAGUGUCUGGAGCACCAACCUACAUCCGCCGCAUUCGCCUCCACUGCCCACACUGCCCCCGCACAUUCAUACAUCGCAUUGGCCUAUUCGGCCACAUGCGCGUCCACGAAAACUAG